AUGUUGAUACCAGCGUACAAUCAUCGUUAUUUGGAUAUUAUUACAAGGUGUUUUGAAGAAUGUUCAAAUAUUGAAGAUGAAGAAAAAAUAUUACGUACAAUUAUUGGUGAAUAUCGUCAGGAAGAUGAAUUUUUAAAAAAUAUGUUCAAAUUAUAUGGUGCACAUCGUGUUGAAAUGUAUUUUGAUACACAAAUUUUGGAACUUAUAUUACGACAUUUAUAUGCAUUGGAAUUAUUACACCUUGUGGUUCCAUAUAUGUAUGUUAAUGAUCGUGAUGAAUUUGCAAAACGUUUACCGUAUGCCUUUGAUUAUUAUUUGAACUCGAUUAAAUUAAAUACUUAUUCAAAUAUGGCUAUUAUACGAUUCUUUGUUGAAAAUUUACGUGUUAUGAAAGUAAUUGAAAGACUCGAUGAACUUGCCGAACAACAAAAUCAACAACGUUGUACUGAUAAUCGUGUAUUCGUUAAAUUAUGUCAAAAUCUCACAAGUUCAUUGAAUGUUGUCGAUGGUGAUCAUUAUAACGGUAUUCGAAUUGAGCCACAUAAAUUAUUGAGAUAUCUAUUAGAAAAUGGUAUAGAUGAUUACUAUCUCAAAGAUCUACAACAACGAAAAAGUGCUCUUCAGUUACUGAUAAAAUUUUCAACAAUUGAAUGUUUGUCGGUGGCGUUAACUCACAUUGAUCCAAAACCAUAUGACAAUGUCGUACCAUUAAACGGUACAAUGACAUUUCAAGAUCUCGAUGAUAUACUAUUUUACGAUCAUAACGAUAGUUUAAUUAAUGAACGAUGUUGUUUAUUUGUAUCAACAUUUUAUUAUUUGUAUAUGCUUGGAUGGACUAUCGAUCGUUUGGAUUUAAAAUCGAGAAGUUUUAAAGCCAUGAAUCCAAAAUUAGUCAAAUGUAUUCUUCGAAUUUUGAUUAUGGUUCUUAAUUUGGGUCAAUGUGCAUUCACCGAAAAAAAAAAUCGACGUGCCUUUGGUGAAUUAAUUAUUCAAACACGUGAUUGGCUAAAUGAUGUAGAAAAUUGUAAUUUAAUUAAUGAUGAAGAUUUGAUUUGUGAUUUUUAUCAAGCAACAUUUUCAUCUGAUAUUACAAAUUCAUCAAGUCCAUUUGUACCGACACAUAAACAACAAUAUCGUUCUGAAAUCAUCCAAGAAAUGUUACAACAAAGAACAACAACAACUAAUCAUAAUGCAGUCUAUUGGACACAAUUGAAUAUUGAUACAAAUAUUUGUUCAUUAAAUUAUAUCAAAUUUGGUGAAAAUUGGUCUGAUACAAGAAAAUGA